UCACUCUCAGUACUCAAACCAUUGUGACCUCUCCCCAUAUGCAACUUAGCUAACCUGCAACAAUGGUGGUCAACAUAGUUCUCUUGCGUGAGCUCUUGGCAGCAGCAAUUCUCUUCCUCAUCACCCGUUACUUUAUCCAGCGUAUCACCUCUAACCCUCGGCGGCAGCUCCCGCCGGGCCCAAAAGGCUGGCCAGUCAUCGGAGCUCUACCACUGCUAGGAAAAAUGCCUCAUAUUGCCUUAUUUGAGUUAGCCCAGAAGUAUGGCCCUGUCAUGUACCUCAAGAUGGGCACAUGCGGCAUGGUCGUGGCGUCUACACCAGAUGCCGCACGUGCUUUCCUCAAAACACUUGACCUCAACUUCUCAAACCGGCCGCCCAACGCCGGCGCCACCCAUCUUGCAUAUGAUGCACAGGACAUGGUCUUUGCGGACUAUGGGCCUCGGUGGAAGUUGCUUCGUAAGCUAAGCAACCUCCACAUGCUAGGCGGCAAGGCCUUAGAGGAUUGGGCCAAUGUCCGUGCCGCCGAGCUUGGCCACAUGAUUGGGGCCAUGCGCGAAUCAUGUCAGCGCAAAGAACCUGUCGUAGUGCCAGACAUGUUGACAUAUGCGAUGGCUAAUAUGAUUGGGCAGAUCAUACUGAGUCGGCGAGUUUUUGCCACAAAGGGGGACGAGUCAAACGAGUUCAAGGAUAUGGUGGUGGAGCUGAUGACAUCGGCCGGGUUGUUCAAUAUCGGCGAUUUUAUCCCCUCGAUUUCUUGGAUGGACUUGCAGGGGAUUGAAGGAGGUAUGAAGAAGUUGCAUAAGAAGUGGGAUGGUCUCAUUACAAAGAUGAUUAAGGAGCACCAAGCGUCGGCUCAUGAGCGGAAGGGGAAGCCGGAUUUUCUCGACGUCGUCUUCGCUAACAGGGAGAACUCGGAAGGAGAGAGGCUCUCCGAUGUCAACAUUAAGGCCUUACUUUUGAACUUAUUCUCAGCAGGAACCGACACAUCAUCGAGCAUAAUCGAGUGGGCAUUAGCAGAGAUGAUGAAAAACCCAACAAUCCUCCAAAAAGCUCAUGCCGAAAUGGACGAAGUGAUAGGUCGGAAUCGCCGGCUCGAAGAAUCUGAUAUCCCAAAGCUCCCAUACCUCCAAGCUAUCUGCAAGGAGACCUUUAGAAAACACCCAUCAACACCAUUAAACCUCCCUCGAGUAUCCACUCAAGCUUGUGAAGUGAAUGGCUACUACAUACCUAAGAACACAAGGCUAAGUGUUAACAUAUGGGGAAUAGGGAGAGACCCAAAUGUGUGGGAGAACCCAAUAGAUUUUACACCAGAGAGGUUCUUGAGUGGAAGGAAUGCUAAGAUUGAUCCUCGUGGGAAUGAUUUUGAGUUGAUUCCAUUUGGAGCUGGAAGAAGGAUCUGUGCUGGGACUAGAAUGGGUAUUGUGUUGGUGGAGUAUAUAUUAGGAACCCUUGUGCAUGCUUUUGAUUGGAAGAUUCCUCAGGGAACUGAGCUUAACAUGGAUGAAGCAUUUGGGCUAGCUUUGCAGAAGGCUGUGCCUCUUUCAGCUAUGGUGAUACCAAGGUUAGCACCCAAUGCUUAUGAAGCUUGAUGGGUUUGGAUUGAUGAUUAGUUAUACAGAGGUAGAUGAUGGUUAAAGAAUUAAAUGUUUGGAGAUCAUUGAAGCUAGCUAGGUUUUAUGUAAGUUAAGAGACUUUCUGUUCUGUAUCUUUUCUAUCUGGGUUUGUUAAUAUCACUGCUGUUUUCUCCCUUUAAAGUUUUUUCAAUAAAAGGUUAAGUAGGUAUGGAGGAAAAGAAAGGAAUCAGAAUCUCUUUGAAAUACCUUCUAUCUCUCCCCCUUCUUCUCUAAAUGUGUAUAAAUAUAUAUAUAUUUAUAUUUUCUUGA